GAAAAAUUGCUAAAUAAGUAAAUAUUUAGCGUUUUAUGUGUUUUAGUUACAAAGCGGUCUUUUACUGUGUUGUAGCUUGUAGCUCUUAUAAUGAACGAAUUAAAAAAGAAACAAAACCGGGAAAAAUUCGGGCAAAAAACUGAGUAAUAAUAAAAUUGCAACAUCGUAUAAUUUAAGAACACUUCCUUGUUUUGUUCUGUGCAACCUUGCAUUCAUUACUUAAAAAUAGUGAAGAAUUAUCCAUUUUAAUAACACUGUUACGUAAACAACUUCUGGAAAUCUGGAAACUCCUCAUCGAUACUUUGCAGAAUUUUCGAUAAGAAUCUGUUCAAACAAAAAGUAUGAAGAAAUCUUUUUCCGUGUCAAGAUAAUUUCUAGUGUCAACAGCAAUUACUCGCGUUUAACCUUGUAGUUACAUUUUUGUGUCAGUUUAUGUUUAUUCCUUCAGUAGUUGUGUGUAUUGAAAAUGACUCGAGAGAGGUACCAUUCAUGGGAACCAAUUCCGUACGACCCCGAUUUCAACGGCCCUUUGCGCCACCGCUCUUGCACCGACAUAAUCUGUCUUUUGAUUUUUUUCGUAUUUAUUGGAUGUUGGGCAGGAGUGGCAAUUUACGCUUUCAGUAGUGGAGACCCUAACACUUUACUGGUACCCAAAGAUUCGUACGGUAGUCGCUGUGGUUUGGACGAACACGUUAAAGAUCGUCCCUAUUUAUUUUUCUUCGAUUUAAGCAAAUGUUUCUCACCUUCGGUACCUUUCACGGGAUGUCAGACGAAACAAGUUUGCGUGGAGAAAUGUCCAGAUUAUUAUUACUAUUUUGAUCAAGACCCGGGUAAUUAUAAGGGCCAUUUGAUAUGUGACUAUAACAUUGACCCCAGUCAAGAGAGUCCCGAGAAAUUGGUGAAGGAGGGAAAAUGUGCGAGAUAUUACUUCAAGAGCUCCUCAUUCUUAAACAGAUGUUUGUACAAUACUGCUGAUCGUAACAAGCCUAACAAGGAUACAAACGUAGAAAAAGAAAUUUCUGAAUUAAAAAAACAUUUGAGUAAAAUUGCAAUGUGGAUGUCGCUGUUUGUUCAAAACACGAUUGGCUAUUUCACAGACAAUCAAAACUAUCAACAGGUCGGCCAAAACAUCGUCGAUGAUCUUGUAGAAUCCUGGUGGAAAAUUCUUGCAGGUGUCGGAAUUGCCGUUCUUGUAUCAAUUAUUUAUAUCAUGAUGUUGAGAUGGCUGGCUGCUCCUAUGGUGUGGCUGAGUUUGAUUGGGGUUCUAGCACUGCUGAUUGCAGGCGUUUAUUUCACAACGGUCAAGUACAUAGAACUGAAGAAUAAAACCGACGAGGACGUUGAAACUAACAAUAUUUUUGAAUCUUAUGCUACGAAAAAAGACACGUGGCUCGUUUUGCUCAUAAUUUGCUCGAUUGUGCUCGCAAUUGUGCUCCUCAUGAUGAUUUUCUUGCGGAAGAGGAUUGUCCUAGCGAUUGCUUUAGUCAAAGAAGGGAGCAAAGCCGUAAGUUCAGUCACGUCGGUGCUAUUUUUCCCAGUCUUCCCGUGGAUUCUCCAAAUUGCAGUCAUAGCAUUUGCCAUUUGUGUCGCCCUGUAUCUUGCAACCACAGGCGAUCCUGAAUAUAAAAUUCGCGGAAUGACGUCCGACUGUCCAUGUUUCGCUGAUUUCAAAAAUGGCACAAAAUGUGACCCAACAACAUUCAGAAACCUUACUUGUUUAACUUCAACACUUUGUUCGGACGUCACUUGCAAAUUCACAACCAUGAACAACCCCAAAUGGUAUCCGUACUUGCAAGCAUUCAACAUAUUUGGCUUUUUCUGGGGCACUUUCUUCGUCUCAGCCCUAGGCCAGAUGAUCCUGGCUUCAGUUUUCGCCACAUGGUACUGGACUUUCAACAAAUCAAACUUACCGUUCUUUGCGGUUUUAGAAGCCACCGGACGGACCCUAAGGUACCACAUCGGUACUCUCGCGUUUGGGUCUUUGAUCAUUGCCAUAUGUCGGAUGAUUCGAGUGGCAUUGGAGUACAUCGACCACAAACUUAAAAAAUACGAUAACGAGAUAACCAAAGCGAUUUUGUGUUGUUGCAAAUGCUUCUUCUGGUGUUUGGAGAAGUUCUUGAAGUUUCUGAACCGAAAUGCGUACAUCAUGUGCGCAAUUCACGGCAAAAACUUUUGCAUGAGUGCCAAAGACGCCUUCAUGCUCUUGAUGAGGAACAUCCUGCGAGUCUUCGUCUUGGAUAAGGUGACUGAUUUUCUCUUCUUUAUGGGAAAACUCCUGAUUACGAUGGGAGUUGGGGCCAUUUCCUACGUCCUGUUUGCCACCGACUUAACAGGAAUUGAUAAUUCAGGCUUACACUACGAGAUUGUCCCAGUUAUAGUUAUAAUGAUUAUCACAUAUAUUGUCGCAACUGUCUUUUUCAACGUUUACAGCAUGGCUGUGGACACGCUCUUCUUGUGUUUCCUUGAAGACUGCGAACGGAACGAUGGAAGCAGCGAAAAGCCUUAUUACAUGUCUCGGAAUUUAAUGAAAAUUUUGGGCAAAAAAAAUAAACAGGAUUAGAACUAGUUAGUGGACGCACAUGUAUUCUGUGAUAUUAAACUGUAUAAUUUAUUGUACUGGGUGCCAUUGAAAUAAAGUCUGAUUAAGUA